AUGAAUUUUGAAUUUGAAAGGGAGAUCGGUUUUAUAAACAGCCAGCCAUCCCUAGCAGAGUGCCUGACGUCCUUCCCCGCCGCCCUGGAGUCAUUUCAAACUUCAUCAAUCAAGGAGUCGACAGUAAUUCCGCCUCCCUUCGAGCACACCAUCCCCAGCCUCAGCCCCUGCACAGCCAGCCAGCCGAGACCGGCUGCUAGGAGCCAGCAGAACCGGAGAACCUCCGCCAGUAAUGGCCUCCAGACGCACCACCGAGGCGCCCAGCAGCCCGGACCGCCAGGCCAGGCCCCUGCCUCGGUCACGGCGACCCCGGCCGGUCCGCUUGCCCACGAGUUCCCCUGGAUGAAGGAGAAGAAGUCAUCCAAGAAGUGCCCCAAGCCCGGGGGCAGCUCCAGCGGUAGCGGAUCCAUCAUCCCCCCCGCCUCGUCCUCCCCGUCGCCGACCGCCUCUGGGUACGCUUCGGCGGGCAUCGAGUCACCCACAGACCCGGGCCAGGCGGCUCUGGAUGGUGGAGGAGCCGGGUCCCGCCGGCUGCGCACCGCGUACACCAACACGCAGCUGCUGGAGCUGGAAAAGGAGUUCCACUUCAACAAGUACCUGUGCCGGCCCAGGAGGGUGGAGAUCGCCGCCCUUUUGGAUCUGACCGAGCGACAGGUCAAAGUUUGGUUCCAGAACCGGCGGAUGAAACACAAGCGGCAGACCACUCACCACAGAGACGGCGGAGGAGGAGGGAGCCACGAAUCCAGCGACCCGGGCGGGUUUGAGCCGCUCGAAGGCGCCGAUGCCUCAUCCCCCUACUCCAGCCAGCCGCUGGAGGCAUCCGGCACUGGGGAGGCUACACUGAAGGCUGAGACGGGGAGCGGUGAUCCAUCUUCGGCUGCAGCUGCCACCGCCUACGCCAGUGACAGCGGGGACAAUGCACAGCCCACGCCGGAGGAGGUAGGGCGUUUGAGCCGCCCACUGCUGCCGGGAGACUCUGGCUCCCCUGACGUUGCUGCGACCCACCAUUCCCCGCCGUCCUUCACCGCCACGAACUCCACCGACAGCAACCCGGGCUUGGUGAAGCUGAGCGAGGCCGGGCUCGCAGCAGCAGCAGCAGCAGCAUUAGGGCCCGAUUCGUCUUUCCCCGAGCAGCGAGACAUCUCCAUCCCCUCCACCGGCUCCACAGUUCACACCCCUGCUGCCUCGUCCUCAGUCGCGCUCCCCGACUUGACCUUCUUUGCCGGGGACGCCUGCCUGUCGCCCAGCCUGCAGAGCUCCCUGGAUAGCCCGGUGGAUUUCUCUGAGGAGGACUUCGACCUGUUCACAAGCACACUGUGCACCAUAGACCUGCAGCACCUCAACUUCUGAGGGCGGCGUUUUAAAAAUAAACCCGAGUGAAGGAGCGGAGGGACGGACAGGCCUGUGGAUGAACAAUCGGCGGAGGAGAACGGACUCGGAGAAGACUCAGUUGUUUGAAAAGAGUAAAAGCUUCUCGGCAACAUUCCUGAAACAUUUCUGAAUGAAAAUUAUGUUCGUUUUCAAAUAUACUUUUCGUCUUCUUGCUGGUUUUAUUUUGCGGAUAUAAUGUAGAUUAAGAGAGAUGCAGUUAAUUUUAUGUUUUUUUUUUAUUUUUAUUUUAAACAUCGGAGGGAAAUAGUUUUUUCACCAUCGAAACGUUGUGGAUUUUUUCUCCCUCUUGUCCAAAUUGCAGGUAUUUAUUGCCUUUUCUUGUUUCUGGUAAUUUUUUGUUCAAAUGAUUAACCGUUAUCAGUAUGUGUGGAUUUAUUUCCUUUAGUCCAUUCUGGUGCAGCUUCAUGGAUCCUUAACUUCUCAGGAACUGUUCACGGAGUCUAUAGGUGCAGACAGCCGGACUGCUUUUAGAAAAAUAUAAUCUGAAGAAUGAGUUCAUUCUCUCUCUGAACGAGACAAGAGGGGAGGGAAGCCCUGCUGAUGACCCGAGUUUUAGACCCUAGUUUAUUUAUUGAGAUUCUUUAAUAGUGAAAAUCCAAAUUAUUUAUUGUAUAUAUAUUUUCA